AUGACUGAAGAAAAGGGCACAGGCGACGCAACUCUUCUUCGCACUCUUCAAGAUGAGAUUAAAAUUCUAAAACUGGAACACUCUUCAACUCUACAUCAACUCUCGUCAACAUUGAAUCAACUGUCAUCUACUCUGUCACAAAUUGCCGAUUUACAACAUGGACAGAACGUACUACGGGAGGAGCUGCAGAAGGAACGUAACUUCCGCCUCCGACUGGAAGCGGAAGUCAAUGAUUUAAAAACUCAGAGUUGUGACUGCAACAAUUCUUCACAGAACAGUAGUGAUCUUUCUCAUUCCAGUAUACAGCAAGUAAAAGAAACGAUAACGUUUACUUUGGAGCUGGAUAUGAAACAACAGAAAGAAUUCAUUAUGAGUGAAAUAUCCAGCUUGAAAGCUAAGACUGGGGCCAUGGCAAUGACAAUUUCUGGUUUGGUGUCUUCAGUACGAGACGUUAACAAACAAUGGGAGCAACACGAAAAAUUCAUCUUUCCACACGUGAUAAAUAAUGUUGGGGGAGGAUAUGAUGCAGAUUCCGGUGUGUUUACCGUACCACAAAAUGGCGUCUAUGUGUUGUCUUGUUCCCUAGCCACGCAUUCCAACAGAAUGAUUGCUAAGAUGGUAAAAAAUGGCAACCCUCUUCUUGGAAUCGCAUCUUCUGCAAGUGAUGGUGAAGUUGAUACAGGGAAUAAUUUAGUUGUGAUACACCUUCAGCAAGGAGACAGGGUGUGGAUACAACAUCACAUUGGAGCGUUUCUGUGGACAAUGGAUGAAGCUCCUCUAUCAACAUUUUCAGGAUUUAUUCUUCACUAG